AUGGCUUGUCGACGUGACAUUAACGCGAUCAAGCGGCGCUCGCGAGGUGUGGUGCGAAGUAGAUGGUCAUCCCGGUCCGGAUGUGGUUCUUCUUGGUCUGCCAUAAUACUAUUGGUCAUCCUACUUCAGGGUGGCCUCGAAACCUUGGCCGCGGACGAUGCUCCUGCAAGGGCGACCUCUGCUACGUCCUCCCAAAGCGACAUUGCCGACGAAAGACCGCCAUCCGUGGAGAAUCCAUUUGAGAAGAUCAGUUCAAAAUGGAAGGAUAUCUUACCAAUCGACCGCGCAUGCCUCAGCUUAAUAGACUGGUGGGUCAGUCAACCACUUUUCUUAUGGCUAUUUAGUUCGGUGGGUCUCGGGAGAUCGAUGUAGAUUACAUCCAAAGAAAAGUAGAACUACAACUACCCUUUGCGCCUUCUUCGGAUGCUCUUACUCCGGAAUAUAAGGGGGAAGUCUCUGUCUAUGGCUUGCGCUUUUCAAUCCCCGUCUCAACAUCUAAUAUCCUCCUAUCUCGACAAGCCGCAGACGUAUCCGAAUUUCGACGCCUUUCCAAUGCAAUGGGCUACCUACGACAAUAUUCAGAAGCGCUCCCAGCGUUACGAGCGCAUGACCCGCAACCGUAAGGAUUUAAGAAAACAUGGAGGCGGACAAUUGUUGACCGAGGAAUACGAUGAUGGUACUAGGCAGGGGUUCGCGGUGGAUGGGGAGUAUAUGAUUUUGUUAUGGCAGGGAUAG